AUGGCGGCUCAUGUCACGCUGGGUCCUGCGAAGCUGGUGCUCUUGGCUGUACACUUCGCAACCAUCGCCGACAUCGAUAGCUUGACCUAUCUCAUUGGCCAGCAUGCCGUAAUACUACGGUCAGAGCUGGUACUCCGAAUCAUUCUCACAUAUCUUCCCGAAACCCUCAGUCCGGCAGUGUAUGUACCUCUCAUACAAGCUAUUGCCAGUGACGAAUCGCCGUCACAGACAAAUCCAGACUAUCAGCUCGACACUUCUUCUGUUCAAAGUAUAACAGAAGAUCAGGCUUCAAGAAAAGUCAAGAAACUUCAUCUUCUCUCUCUAAAAAAUACUGAUGUGCCUCUCACUCUCGCUCACGAGGCUGAUCCACUCACCUCUUUCUUACUUUUGAGGGCUUACAGAAUGGACGAAGAAGCAGGCAUGCUACCACAAGUCCCCAACCUGGUGUCCCCAUUCCUGCAGCAUUCGCGUGAGCUUCACACGUGGAUGAUCUCAACGGUUCUCCCUCUGGUCAGACGAAACUAUGAGUAUUAUCCACAAAGACCCAUACGGUACCCGCUGCUUGAGUUCCAGAAUCUACCUGACAGAAUAGCCAUCGAUUAUCUCCUGGCUGAGACAGGUGCUGUCGAUGACGAGUUUGGCCUAGCUGGCCGUGAUCUGCGUGGGCUUGUCGGGCCUUGGCUACAUAACGAAUCGAGGUGGAAACGAGAGGCCUUUGACCAAGAUGUAUCACACGACACGGAUACAGCGCCUGAAUUAUCGUGUCCUGGUUGGGAGCAGGCUCUCGAAUGGCUCGCCUCUAAAGCGGCAACAUCCUGGCCAGUCGCUCUCAAAGCCAUUGAAUCCUGGGAUGGGCCAUCGGAUAUAGACCUGGGAAACGAUGCCGGCUCGUGGCUUCAGGAAAACCAACAGCAGUAUCUCGACCGCUCUUACGCCAGGGCCGUCCUAGCUUCUGCAUAUCUUGUCUCUGAUCCCGACUUGGGGGCUUUGGAGGCAGCCUUCAGAAUUUACAACAAGAUCCGGUCUCUUUUGGAUGAAGACUCCGAUAUAACACUUCAAACCGCAGUAGAAAAUCUUGCCCCUGUUCCGCCUUUUGAUAUAGAUGCAUUUGGUGGAGCCAAAGCUGCGACAUACCUACGUAACGACCUACUACAAGGCUCAAAUCCUCUGACAACACCCAAAGAGGAAUCUCUUGAUCUUCUCCCUGCUCUCAUCCAAAGCGCUUAUCUUCUUACCCACUCGGGCGUUCCCUGCACAAUUCGUAAAGCUGGAGAUCUAGCGUUUAUUCAGGAACAGCAGGAACAAAAAUCGCAAAUUGGCCGUCUUAUACGAAAUCUUCCAACUCGUGCCUCUGAUGACGACGGUUUCUGGAUCCGGGCACGAAAAGAGAUACUAUGGCUGCAUGGUUGGGGAAACAGUCUGAAGUCUACCAGAGACGAAACUUUGCAGGGCAUAUUUGGCAAGGUGACCCUGGAGUUCAUCGAGACAGAGCUUUUGAAAGCCAUGCUUUCGCGCUCACGAUACAACCUAGCAAGAACCCUUUACGAUCAAGAAGGGCCAGAUGCGCCUCUUCCGGUUGUACUCCGAGUGCACUCUGAUCCGAUCUCGAUCAUCGAAAAGGUUCUAGAACAAAAUCCCAAAGCAUACACACGUUUGCAAGAGUUUGAGGAACUGGGAAACAACAUGAUCCAUGCGAAUUUGCCAAUUUACGUGAGGCCAGGAAAGCAGCAGCCGAUAACAGAGGAUCAAGACGCGGUCAAAUCAUUGGUCACAAAACGAAUCGUUGCCAUGUGCAUCGAAGCUGCUUUGCGCGAAGACGACUUCGAAACUGCAUACUCUUACGUGGUAACCCGUCUUGGUGCCGAUGAGAAUGUGCAUAAGUCGCAGCCUGCAGGCAUAUCUGACGAAUGGUCAUGGAAGGCAGCACUUGACGCUGGCAAAUAUGUCCGCACGGAGAGAUCCCAGAAGCCAACGCAUCUCGGAACGGCAAGUGGAAAUCCCGAGAUACGCCAUCUCGAGCAGCGGAUUGAGUGCCUAGCAACUUCUCUACGGUUAGCUCCCCCGCCUCAGCUGCAGGAAGUAUUAAAGACCUUCCGUCGUUGCGAAGAGCAAUUGGAUGCUGCAAUUAAGGAGGAGGCUGCUCGAGAAGCUGCCUGGGAUACCGCAGGUGACCUUUCGGGUCUCCCUGGCUCGUUCGAUACACCAGGCCCAGAUAAGGCUUAUCCACCCCGCAACAUAUCUGCCAGCGCGACAGCUCGUCAAGCCGAGGAAGCGCCAAUGUCUCUCUUCGAUCUUUCUAGAGCCACAGCCAGGGUCGCGUCCAGGAACCUACCUGUGUUGUCAAGCUUGCAGGGUUCUUUUACAUCAGAUAAGACGAAUGCAGAGUCCGAGUCCUCUGAGUCCGAGUUGCACGAGCAGAAUAGAACAAGGAAGAGGGAUCAGCUAAGAGAGGCUGCGACUGGUACUCUGGUAUCUGGCGUGGGGUGGCUGCUUGGAGCAAAUCCAAAGCGACCUACAAGUGGCCAGCAGUAA